GCACUUCAAAAAGUUAACCCCUUGCCUCCGUUUUCGUUGUCCUCUCUCCCCUUUCUGCAUCUUUGAUUCUUCGCCAGCAGCAGUCCUCGCCGUCGCAGCUUCUCGUUUUCAGCCUCGCCGUUGUCGGCAGCAGAAGCCUCGUCGGUCGUCUUGUAGCAGCAGCGCUGUAGGUCUCAGCCUUUCAAGUUCUAUGAUGGACUUUCUUUCGAUUUAGCUUUUCGCUUUCUUAUAAUCUCAACUCAUUAAAUCCAGAAAGGUCAUGGCUAUGAGAUCCGCGGCCUCAGUCGCUCUUCGGGGCCUCAGGAGCUUCUCUUCCAAAAGUUCGAAUUCAGUUUCGACUCGGGCUUCCAUCAAUCAGGACCCCUCCACCGACUUCGUUUCUGAUCUAGCUGGGAUGUAUGGUCGUACAUUACGUGAGCGAAUGUCGAACUACAUGGCUACUAUCGACAUCAAUUCACAAAUUGGAAGCUGCAUGCCACUUUCUGCAAUGCGCAUCGGUACAAUUAUCCACAACCUUGAGAUAAAUCCAGGUCAAGGUGGGAAGCUCGUCCGAUCAGCAGGAACAUGUGCAAAGAUAUUGAAAGAGCCAACGUCAAGAUACUGCUUGGUGAGACUCCCUUCCGGUACAGAGAAGUUGAUCGACUCAAGGUGCAGGGCUACCAUCGGUCAGGUGUCUAACCCAAGCCAUGGAACCCGGAAACUGAGAAAAGCAGGACAAAGCCGGUGGUUGGGUCGACGUCCAGUGGUUCGAGGAGUGGCGAUGAACCCAGUUGAUCAUCCUCAUGGAGGAGGUGAGGGUAGGAGCAAGAGUAGUGGGAGCUUUGGAAAGGGGUCUCGCACACCCUGGGGAAAGCCAACCAAGUCAGGCUACAAGACUGGAACUCUCAAGCGCAAAAAGUAGAACGAGCAACUCCUCAUCUUAUGUUUUUUCUCACCUUUUAAUCAAUUUUUGUUGAGGAUAGUAUGAAAUUUGAACUGUUUAGCCUUUUGAUUGAAUUGAAAUCGAUGUCGAAAUUUACCCUUUUCUUUGCUAAAUGAUGAGAGGGGGACAUAAGAAACGUUGAAUGUAUAAACAAUUAAGGCUUCGAUUAGAUGUUCGAACAUUCUAUGAACAAUUACGUAACGUAA